AUGGUUCGCACUCUCCUGCUGCUCGCCACCGCCUUGGCCGCCGAGGCGACGACGACCAUCAUGACGGCCUCGGUAUUCUUCCCCGAAAAGAGGACGCAUCCGGACCCGUGCCUCGGCUCCAUCGUCGGCGUCGCGUCGGACGUGACGUCAAUCGACAUCCGGUGCUAUCUCGCGGGCACGAGCGUCACCGAGUUCGGCGUCGAGACGUGGAGCAUCGCCCAAGGCCCCUCGACGUGGGCCAUGAGCGGCAACGUUGCCACGAGCUCUCCGGACGAGAUGAACUGCCGGCUCGACGCCGCCAAGGACGUGGCCCACUGCCAAAUGUUCGACCGGCACUCGCGCUUCCUGGAAUCCGGAACGGUGACGACGACCGACGUUGACGGCUACAAGACGUCCAUGUGGCCCGUCGCCAUCACGGGCGGCCUCGAAAAGCUCGGUGCGCCAACGGCGAGCGCGACGAGCGACGGGGCGAGCGCGACGACGAGCAGCAGCGCCAGCCCGACGGCGACGAGCACGACGGCGAGCACGACGGCGAGCACGACGUCGGCGAGCACCAUGACGGCGAGCACCAUGACGACGAGCACGACGUCGGUGAGCACCGUAAAGACGAGCACGACGUCGGCAAACACGACGGCGACGAGCCCGACGGCCAAGGUGGCCAACGCGGCCGGGUCGCUGGUGACGCCCUUUAUGCUGCACGCGGGCCUCGCCGUCAUUGUCGGCGGCGCCCUGGUGAUCUGA